CCUUUAGCGCCGAAAAGAAGAACUUGUCGAAGUGCAGGAGGGAAAUCGUGCAUCUGAGCGAGAUCCCAUAACAAGCAUUGCGCUCUUUGCUCAAACCAUGUAACAGUCUCUGACCGUGGGACGACCGCAAUGCCGCUGUCCUGGUCAUUGCAGAUUAAAUGUGGACCACACUGCUUGUGAACUCGCAACACUAGAGUGACGAGUGGUUGCAUCCUCUGGAGAAGGGUCCUGUGGGACUUCCUGGGCUUACGUUCGACAGAAGCAAAGAUCUUCACUUGCUUGCUCCGAGCGUCAGCGGCGUGAAGAUGUCGAUCGGUGUGCCUGCGAGAAUACAAAGGUAAAAGACUUUCGCGCCUCGAGCUGUUCGAUCAACGAUCUUCAUUUUCCCAGCUUUGUUCCGUCACAGUGGGAGGGACCCAUUUCCCUACUUUUGACAGACCCCGAUACGAGGCUUGGAUGGCUGGAAAAGUAUAGUCGUAUAUACCGCUCUUAUUCAUUUCGUUAUACAGUCGGGUCUCAAACGCAUAGCGAGUAUUUGACCAUGGCGUCGAUUAAUCCACAUCGCGCCUCUCUCGAAAAGGACGAGAAGAGCAUCCAUGAAGCAAGCGACACGCACUCGGCUACAGCUCAUGAGAACAUUGCGCCGCGCUCCAAGCGCGGUUCCGUAGCCAGCACGGCAGCAGACCGUGCGCGCCAAAACUUGAACAUGAAGCUCGCCAAUCCUCUGGACGGAUAUACGAUCGCAGAACUAAAGACCAUGGGUAGCGAUUAUGCGAAGCUUCAUGCCAUCGCCGAACCGGACGACAUCAGGGCAUUCGAGCUCGGUGCCGUUCUGGCCCAGAACCCCCAGGACUUCAACCGCAUUCGUGAGUGGGUGACCGCCGAGGAAAUGGCCGUUCUUGAGGGCGAAUACACGAGUCGAUGGAGCCAGCCUAAGCUUCUCUACCUGGUCAUCGUUCUUUGCUCUACUUGUGCUGCCGUGCAGGGCAUGGAUGAGACCGUCGUCAACGGCGCUCAGCUCUUCUACACUGUCCAGUUCGGCAUUGGUGGCGACGACCCUCGCUCUACCUGGCUUACUGGCCUUGUCAACUCGGCUCCAUACGUCUGCUGUGCUUUUGUUGGCUGUUGGCUCACCACGCCCUUCAAUAAAUUCUUCGGCCGCCGCGGCACCAUCUUCAUCACCUGUCUGUUCAGCGCUCUUGCUUGCUUCUGGCAAGCUUUUGUGAACACAUGGUGGCACAUGUUCAUCGCCAGAUUUGCUUUGGGUCUAGGAAUCGGUCCUAAGUCUGCUACCGUGCCCGUGUAUGCCGCCGAGACGACCCCGCCGGCCAUCCGCGGCGCGCUUGUCAUGCAGUGGCAGAUGUGGACGGCGUUCGGAAUCAUGGUUGGCUACGCCGCUGAUCUGGCCUUCUACUACGUCCCAGACAAGCCUAACAUCACGGGUCUUAACUGGCGCAUCAUGAUGGCCUCUGCCAUGUUCCCCGCCGUUAUUGUAUGCUGCUUUGUCUUUAUGUGCCCAGAGUCUCCACGUUGGUACCUUUCCAAGGGCCGUCACCAUGCGGCGUACAAGAGCAUGACCCGCCUCCGAUUCAACAAGUUGCAGGCAGCCCGUGACUUGUUUUACAUGUCAGAACUCCUCAAGGCCGAGGAAGGCAUUCAGAUGGGCUCUAACAAGCUCUUUGAGCUCGUGCGUGUGCCACGUAACCGACGUGCGAUGCAAGCGUCUGAGAUUGUCAUGUUCAUGCAACAAUUUUGCGGUGUGAACGUCAUCGCCUACUACUCCAGCUCGAUUUUCGAAAACUCCGGCUUCUCCACCAUCUCCGCCCUGGGAGCCUCACUCGGAUUUGGUGUGAUCAAUUUCCUCUUCGCCAUUCCGGCUGUUUACACGAUUGACACAUUUGGGCGCCGGAACUUGCUGCUCACAACAUUCCCACUCAUGGCUAUUUUCUUGCUCUUCACUGGCUUCUCGUUCUGGAUCCCGGAAGAUAACAAGUCUGCCAGAGUUGGCUGCAUCGCGCUUGGCAUCUACCUUUUUGGCAUCGUUUACUCUCCUGGAGAAGGUCCAGUGCCUUUCACAUAUUCCGCAGAGGCAUACCCACUGUAUGUGCGCGAUUUAGGCAUGUCUCUCGCCACAGCGACCACGUGGUUCUUCAAUGCCCUGCUCUCCAUAACGUGGCCCUCCCUUCUUGCUGCUUUCAAACCCCAGGGUGCCUUUGGAUGGUACGCCGGCUGGAACGUCAUUGGUUGGUGGCUCGUCCUUCUCUUCAUGCCGGAGACCAAGGGCAAGACACUGGAAGAAUUAGAUCAGGUCUUCUCUGUGCCGACUCACCUGCACGCCGCGUACGGUCUGCGACAGAUCCCGUAUUUCAUCGGUCGCUAUAUAUUCCGUCGCCCUCUCAAACCAGAGAUUCUGUACGAGCGUGAGCAAUUCGACGAGUCUGCCGACAGUGCUCGUGCAGAGGAAGCGUUGUAGAUAUUUCUUCUGAAAAGAAAUGGGAAAAUGACUUACGCACAUGAUGGAAAAACAAAACAAUUUUGAUUUAUAAGAUUCUCACGCUCUUUAGCACUGAUGUGGCGCUAUCCCAAGCGCAUGAAUGGAAUCGGCUUGGUGUUGAUACCCGGACUUGCUUUAGGAAUUGGAAAGCAUGAGGUUGAAAUUAUGCAGCUAUGCUUCUGGUAGAUGUGGAGCGAUAGUGCUGAAAGGAUAAAUAUUACACUCUUGAUAGAAUGACAAGCUGGAAUUACAGUAUUAACCGGUGAUUGCCCGGGAGCGACGUCUCGGCUUCCAUUUUCU